AUGAAGGAGCAGGUAGGUGGGGCGAAAAGGAAAUCUGGGGAAGGGCGGGAGGAGGAACAGGAGGGGGAUGCAAAGGACACCGGAUUAAUCAGCUACACCGCCGAUCAAAGUUCUCGGCGGAGAGCUCUGCGACGUCUCCACCUACUUACACCAGGUACUUCACAUAUACAUAUCUCUGAGGUAGACAGGGCAGGUGGAUUUAUUUGGGGCAAAGGCAAGCAACAGCUGCGCAGAGAGGUUCCAGUCUUAGUCGCAUGCAUGUGA